AUGUAUCGUCAUCUCUCGCACCUUACCGCAAGAGAGGUCGCCAUCCAACUGCUUACUGCUGUGGCACAUUUCCUGCCUCAAGCUUUGUUGUUCCUUACCCUUCGUUUGCUCGAAGAGCGUGAUGCACACGCAGACAAUCAGAAACAACUGUGGAUCACGACGGUCGGUCUUGGCGGAUCCCUUUUCAUAUCAUCUUGGCUGGAGUCGUUGCUGCAAUGGGUGGUAUCUAUGGAGCUAGAAUUGCCGAUCCGAGAGCAGCUAUCUGCAGCUAUUUUCAGCAAAGCACUCAGGAUAAAGGAAGUUGUGAAUGUGAACUCACAUGAUUGCUCUGAGAGUAAAGCAUCAUCUAGCGAGUGUGGUGGUGAUGAUGAUGAUGAUGAUGAUGAUGAUGAAGAUGGCGAGGAUGGCCCACCAAAAACGAAACAAUCCAUGACCAACCUUCUAGGGGUAGACGCUGUGACAAUUGCAACUUUUGCAAAAUUCAGUCAUACCCUUCUAGAUACCAUCAUUCAGUUCAUUCUUGCUAUCGCCUUUCUUACAAACAUUCUGGGCUGGAUGCCGGUGCUGUGGGCUUGCACGAUCCCAGCGGUAUUGAUUCCGGUGAAUUACGUUCUGGCCCAGAAAUACAGCAAAGCAGAGGAUGCGCUCAUGACAGCAAGCGAUCGAAGAAUGGCUGUCUUAUCUGAGAUGCUACAGGGCAUUCGCCAGAUUAAAUUUGAUGCCCAAGAAGAUCAAUGGAACAGCAAGGUGCAGACUCUACGUUCCAACGAGAUCAAGAGACAAGACCGGGUUUUCCAGUUCAAUCUCGCACUGAUUGCCGUAUGGUCUUGUGCAACCUAUUUCGUGGCCAACAGGACUCUAUCUCCCUCCGUUGCCUUCACGGCCCUCUCCAUUUUUCAAAGCUUAUCGGCCACACUUUCCAACUUCCCAGAAACAAUCAGUGACUUAAUGAAUGCCAUGUUACCGGAACAUAAUAAUUGCCACACAGAUGGGGAGGCAAUUGCCUUUUCGCAGACAACGAUCUCCUGGCCUUCCAACAUCGUGGAAGAGGAAACUAGUGAUUUCAAGUUGCGCGAUAUCAAUUUAAAAUUCCCUCGUGGAGAGCUCACUGUGAUUUCUGGUCCAGCAGGUGCAGGAAAGAGCUUACUGCUAUUAGCUACGAUCGGCGAGGCAGACCUGCUUGAUGGACAGAUCGUCUUUCCACAGAGACACUCACCACUUGCCUAUGAUGGACCGAGCAAUGAGUGGACAAUUGAUAAAUCAAUUGCGUUUGUUCCGCAGAAUCCUUGGAUCGAGAAUGGAACCGUUCGAGAAAACAUUCUUUUCGGCCUCCCGCUGAAUUCGGAACGAUACCGCGAUGUUCUGCACGCAUGCUGUCUUAAAGAUGACUUGGAUUCUAUGCAAGACGGUGACCAAACCGAUCUUGGUGCUAACGGUGUCAAUCUAAGCGGCGGCCAAAAAUGGCGUGUUGCUCUAGCCAGAGCUCUUUACAGCCAUGCUGGAGUCCUUGUCCUCGACGAUAUUUUCAGCGCGGUGGAUGCUCGCGUCGGCCACCAUCUCUUCGAGAAAGCUUUAACAGGAAGCUUAACAAAAGGGAGAACGAGAAUCGUGGCUACGCACCAUACCGGCCUGUGUUGGAGUGAGAUGAAGUAUUACAUAGUGCUCGAGAAUGGGCGUGUCUCUUUUGCUGGCAAGCCUGAGAAUUACUGCCCAGACUUAUGUUCCAGUAACGCUGACUCUAUCCAACGUGUCAAUACUGCUGACUCUGUUGCGCAGCAGGGUCAUAUAGUCCCUGUAUCCAACAGCCUGGCUGUGCCACAGCAGAAUCCAUCUGAGAGGGAUAUCAAAGGUAGGGCUUUUUACGAAGCCGAGACACGGGCGACAGGUGCUGUGAAACUGUCAAUUUAUAGCAUAUAUAUGCAGGCUUGCGGUGGCUACCUGUAUUGGAUUCCAAUUGCACUGAGCUUCGGCUUUACCCUUGUGGCGGAAUUAGCAAUCCCAUAUUGGGUGUCAGUUUGGACGAGAGAUCUUGCAAACACACAGCCAGAUAUCGAAGUGAAUAUCCAGUCGUCCAACGACCUCUCUGCGCAUUCAGGUCGACAGUCCGCUGGUACCCGUCUCUGGCUGUACCUAGGCGUGUACGUCGGUCUUUUUCUUAUGUCAAUCCUAACUGAGGUUCUUCGCUACCGACUUGUCUUUAUGGCGUCAAUUCGAGGGUCGCUUGCUAUCUUCGAGAAAUUUUUGCUCAGAGUUUUACACGCUCCUCUAAGCUUUUUGGAUACAACACCCGUGGGCCAGAUCCUCAACCGCUUCAGCGCUGACUUCAGCACACUAGAUUCUGAUCUGGCACUGGAUCUGCCCAAUAUGCUGCAUGGUGUUUUAAUGCUUCUUAGUGUUAUUAUCGCGGCACUUUUUAUCUCGCCACUUAUGGUGGGUUUCGGUUUCAUUUCGCUCUUUCUGUCUUGGUAUAUCGCCUCGCUUUAUGUCACAGCGGCUAGAGAUGCUAAAAGGAUAGAGAGCAAUGCUAGGUCUCCUAUCUUUGAGCAGUUUGGAUCGAUCAUUGACGGUCUAGUCACGAUCAGAGCUUUUGACAAAGUUGGUCAAUAUAUGCAUCGCAUGUAUAACACGAUGGACGCGCAUUGCCAAGCUCUAUGGCAUUUGCGUCUUUUCAACUGUUGGAUGAUGUUCCGUCUGAACAUGAUCGGAGCUUUGUAUGUGACUAUGACAGCAGCACUGAUCGCAACCCUUAAAGGCGUUGAUGCGUCCGUGGCAGGGUUUGCUCUCAGUUUCGCUUUACAGAUGUCUGAGGUCGUCGCUUGGGUAUUGUCGGAAUACGCUGAGCUCGAGCUGGACUUCAAUGCUGUUGAGCGCAUUGUAGAAUACACUCAAAUCGAGACAGAGCACCAAGGUGGCAUGGAUGCUCCAGCUGGAUGGCCUUCAAAAGGCGAGAUUGAGGCGAAUGAUCUUGUCGUUGGAUACGCACGAGACUUGCCACCUGUUUUACGUGGGUUGAGCUUCUUAAUUAACCCUAACGAGCACAUCGGCAUCGUCGGACGUACUGGCUCUGGCAAAUCAUCACUGACACUCGCACUUCUGCGCUUCCUCGAGGCACGGUCCGGAUCUUUACACAUUGAUGGAAUGGAUAUUUCUAAGCUGAGACUCCGCGCUCUCCGCUCGAAGAUAGCAAUUAUCCCACAGGACCCGGUUAUCUUCUCAGGAACCCUGCGAUCGGUCCUCGACCCGUUUAACCAGUAUACAGACUCUGAGCUCCUCGCCGCUUUAGCGAAAGUCCAUCUCAGACCCUCUAUGGACGAUGAACAGAGCUCGGAGCUUGAAGGAACAGAGGAUGAUUGUAGUAACACUGCAUUAUCUCUUUCCUCGCCAAUCUCCGAGCGGGGCAAGAAUCUGUCCCAGGGCCAACGUCAACUAGUGUGUCUAGCUCAGGCUUUGCUCUCCCGCCCGAAGAUCCUCAUAAUGGACGAGGCAACUUCUUCCAUUGAUAUGAGCACGGAUGCGCUGAUCCAGCAGACUAUUCGUCAAGAAUUCCGUGACUCUACUCUCAUGGUCAUUGCUCACCGACUGUCCACUGUGGUGGACUUUGACCGAAUCAUGGUCUUGGGAGAAGGGAGGAUGGCCGAGUUUGAUACACCGGCUGCUUUACUGAGAAAUGAAGGGGGCCCGUUCUGGACCUUAAUCGACAAGAGCGGGGAGAGGGAUUCGUUGCGUCGCAGCAUUCUGCAGGGUGAGAGGCGAGCAUAG